AUGCCAAUGUCUUCUUGGAGGUAUCUGGUCUCCGUCCUAUUGCCUAUCCUCGGCCUUCUUAAUCAGACUUUGGCCUCAACAGCUUCAUCAGCCCCUGUUCCCCUCACAGUCCUUCCAAGUGGUAAUUGGAAUGGUAUUGACGGAAAUUGGUCAAGCUUCUGGCUCACAGUGGGAACACCUUCUCAACCCGUCUUGGUUUUCAUAUCAACAGCAAGCAAUCAACCUUGGGUCGUAUCACCAGAUGGGUGUACUCCAUCGGAUCUAGGAACUUGUCUUGGUUCACGAGGUUUGGAAUUUAAUUCGAACAUGUCAGCCACAUGGGUACCGAACACCAUAAAUCCAGGCGGCGAGUUUGCUUUGGAAAUCGAGUCUAAUCUUGGUCUUGCUGGCAAUGGAAAUUAUGGCAACGAUACUAUCAUGCUGGGAUCCCCGGGUAGUCGAUAUCCCUCCUUGAGCUCACAGGUCCUCGCAACUAUCACCACUCAUGACUUUUGGCUGGGUCUCUUUGGUCUAAAUCCGGCACCUACAAACUUUUCCAGCGAAACCGAGCCGGCCCCAAGUUAUAUGUCUAAUCUCAAGUCUCAAGGUCACAUUCCAUCAUUGUCAUAUGGCUACACUGCAGGAGCUUAUUACCGCAAUGGUGGGGGAGCAAAUGGGGGAGGAGUCCUUGGUAAUCUUACCUUGGGGGGAUAUGAAGAAUCUCUUCUCGUACCAAAUAAUCUUACUGUCGACUUUGCCACCAAUGGUGACGACCUAACGAUUGAUGUCAACACAAUCACAAUCACCUCAUCCGGCGGAAAAUCUCAGGUCGUCUCAUCGCCGUCAUCCUCCUUUUCAGGUUUCAUUGACUCAUCAAUACCAUACCUAUAUCUACCAAUCAACAUAUGCCAAAAGUUUGAAGAAGCUCUCGGUCUUACGUACGAUUCAGAAUCGGAGUUGUACUUACUUAACGACGCCCAGUACACCACGCUUGUCGCCAAAAACGCUUCUGUGAUUUUCACUUUGACAAAUUCAACCUCUAGUGCCAUGGUAAAUGUUACUCUCCCCUACGCUGCUUUCGAUUGGUGGGCCAAUUACCCUCUUGUUCAAAACAAUACUCGCUACUUCCCUCUUAAACGAGCAGCCGACAGCUCUCAGAUCACACUUGGACGAGCAUUUCUUCAAGAGGCUUACCUGAUCGCUGACUAUGAACGUUCCAAAUUCUCCAUUCAUCAACGCAACUGGAGCACAUUCUAUCCCGUCUCAAAUCCAACUACCAUCCUUCCUCUCAAAAUCCUCGCACCAACAUCUGCCUCUUCAAAACCCAAAAUCUCAGUCCCAGUCAUAGCAGGCAUCGUUCUUGCGAUCCUUGCUUCCAUAGCUUUAACUCUCUGCCUCACAAUCUUCCUUCUCCAUCGCGCGCGCCAUCGCAAACAAGCCUCUGGGCGGUCAAAUAUUGUUUCCACAUCCGCAUCUACUUCCCGGAGUCUCUCGAAAAAAGAGCCAUUCCGCUCCGCCCCCUCAUCUCCCUUACCUCUUCCUUUCCUCUUCAACAAAGACAAAGCGGACAAAAAAUCCAAACAUGUCUCUAACGCCCCCUCAGAACUAAGUUUCUUCGACAAGGGUACUAAUUCUGUCCUCCUAACCCCUUCUAAUCGCUCCCUCCUCUCUCUAAAUAUUGGCAAAGCCAUGGGAAGCCCUAAUCUCACCCUCAACUCUCAAUACAAUACCUCUGGUGCCUCCAUCAACCGAAACCACAACAACGCAACCGACAUCAUCCUCAACAAAAACCUCAGCGUAGGUCCUACCGAGCCCAAACCUACAUUCCAUCUCGCAAGUCUCUCAACACGCCGUAAAGAGCGCAAGAAAAAGCGAAAAGAAAAAGCACAAGAAGUUUAUGAAUUGAGUGGUGGCAAUGAUGUAUUAUGCUGGGCAGAACUGGAUGAGAUGGAUGAGGAAUUGGAGGAAAUGGAUAUGGAUAGCCGUCCCAAUAGUCCCGCAUUAAGCGCAUUAAGCGCAUUAAGCUUUGCAAGCGAUGCCGCUUUGAUUACUUCUCAUCCCGAAAAAUCAAGACCAUGGAUGGAUAGCGAGCGCGAAAUUCGCGGGAGUAAAAGUAUCUUAAAUAUGGGUAUGAAUAGAGAUAGUGGCAUAGAACGUAUGAAUCGAAUGGACCAAGAGGCAGAAGCUUAUCGGAAAAGAAGCGGUGGUGAUAACAAUCCAGGCGGUGGAAACGACACAGUCACCACGAAUAACAGUUGUGGCAGAGAAUCACAUUUCACAAAUACGACGAUGGGAAUGGAUACUCCUACUGAUGGCGUGAACACAGGGGGAACGUGGGAAUUUGAGAGGUAUCUGGAUGCGAGUAAUAUGCCUUGGAUACAGAGAAGCAGUGGGUUGGGGGUGACGAUUGAAUGUCCUCUGCCGGUUGCUGUUGCUGUUGCGGCUAUACCGGCAUUGAGGGAAGGGCCCCAGGCUCUGGGAAAGAAGGUGGAGAUUGUGAGGGAUUCGAUCAGGAGUCCAGGGCAGAAGAGGGAUAGUGAGAGGGGGAUUAUUGUUUGA